UCAUUUCGGGAUUUGUAGCGCCGAUUUUCAGUUGACUUUUACAGCUCCAAAAAGUUAUUUCGUUUACAAAUUAAACAUAUAUUUUAAUUGUGAACGUACAAAUGUAAAAAACCGUGCACCAUUUUCCAGAUAACAAAUUUGAAUACGUUCUGCCUGCAGAUUCCACAGCUAUCAUUUGUCGAAAGCUCUCCAGCACCAGCUGGAUAUACAGAAGCAAGAAAAUAGGAAUCCUAAAGAUAAUAAGUACUGCGUGCAAAGCGAGCGUUCGCAAAAUGAAGAACUUUGCCGAUCCGAAGUCCAUUUUUAAAAGCAGCGCUGUGGCUGCCGCCAGCGACGAACAGGUGGAUGCCAGUGCAGAUUUGGAAACUACAGGAGCUCCAGAAUCAUGCCAGGAACCAGCUGAAGCAGAAGCUCUAGCGCCAGCUACAACUGCGGCUCCAACACGAGCUCCAUCUCCAAUCCCAACUUCAACUCCAGCUUCAUCUCCAGCUGCAGCUGCAACUGCGGCUCCUACUCCAGCACCAACUCCAAUACCAACUCCAGUUUCAACUCCAGCUUCAUCGCCAGCUCCAGCUAUAGCUGUGGCCACUGAAAUUGAGAUUGAAGAAGAGGAAGCCACUGCCAAGCCUGAGGAGUGCCAGACAUCCAUCGAUCCGAUGCUAGAUGAUGAUGCAAUUGCCAAGCGCAACGAUAAAUUGCUGAAGCAUCCAUUGCAAAACGUCUGGACUCUCUGGUAUUUGGAGAACGAUCGCACCAAGUCCUGGGAGGAUAUGCAAAACGAGAUCACGAGCUUUGACACUGUCGAGGACUUCUGGAGUCUAUACAAUCACAUCAAGCCGCCAUCCGAGAUCAAGCUGGGCAGCGAUUAUUCGCUAUUCAAGAAGGACAUACGCCCCAUGUGGGAGGAUGCUGCCAAUAACAAUGGCGGUCGCUGGGUGAUCACGCUCAAUAAGAUAUUGAAAGACGAUCUGGACAAGUUGUGGCUUGAUGUGCUUCUAUGUUUGAUUGGCGAGGUUUUUGAUCAUUUGGACCAGAUUUGUGGCGCUGUUGUCAACAUACGCGGCAAGAGCAACAAGAUAUCCAUUUGGACAUCCAAUGGCAACAACCAGGAGGCCAUAUUGGAGAUUGGCCACAAACUGCGCGAUGCUCUCCGUCUGGGUCCCCAGAAUGUGCUGCAAUAUCAACUGCAUAAGGACACAAUGGUCAAGCAGGGCUCCAAUGUUAAGUCUACAUACACUCUAUAAAAAAUCGAUGAUCCAAGCACCCCACAAAAUUACGAACCAGUUUAGCCAGUUUUGCGUUUGCCAUAUAUAUAUAUAUAUAUAUGUAUGUAGAUCUUUCUUUUUGUUUGUUUGUAAGCGACCUUUUGAGUGUAGUAUUGUGUAAGCAUAAGUAGACAUAGGCUCGGAAGUAAGGUAUCUGGACUCGCGAACGUAUCUGUGUGGGAAUAUCGCACUUGGUAACGAUACUUUUAUCUCCGGCAAAUGUACCAAAUCAUUCAAUUGUUGUAUCGUAACUGUCAUAUCCUUUUUCCAAAAUUUCUAUUUUAAAGGAUUUUCUUUUUUAAUUUUCUCACAGUAUCAAAAUUGAAAGGUACUUUUAAAAUUGUUCAAUGUUAAAAUAAUCCAAAGUUAAGUUUUGUGUCAGUGUGUGUUUGUUAUUUUUUUUGAUAACAAAAAAUAGUUUUGAUAAGGUUACCCUUACCCAAGUCUUGUAACACGUAGGCAAGGUAGGAUUCAAAUACACAAGUUUGUAAACGCACUUUUUUGAAAAUCUAUAAAAAAUGUAUCUUAUAUCCAUUAAUAAAUGAU